CAAGAUUGUUGAUACAGAUAAACAAGCGGUCUCCAUUUCUCUGUUUUCUUUCUUCUCUCAAUGGCUGCAGAUCUUAAAUCACUCCUUAUUCUAGUAACAUUCUUUAUGUUUUUAGACCAGUUUGCCUUACCCCAAGAACAAAACCAGUUCAUCUUCAAUGGCUUUAAGGGAGCCAAUCUGCAUCUAAAUGGGAUUGCUAAGAUCCUACCCAAUGGUCUAUUGGAGCUAACCAACACUUCAAAUAUACAAGUCGGCCGUGCUUUCUUCCCCUUUCCUCUCAAGUUCAACAAAUCUGCAUCUAACAGCUCUGAUUCCCUGUCAUUUUCAACCCACUUUGUAUUUGCCAUGGUUCCAGAAUUGGCCAAUCCUAGCGGCCAUGGUAUUGCAUUCACUAUCUCACCUACCAUGGAGCUGGCAGGGGCUGUAGCAAGCCAGUACUUUGGGCUGUUUAAUUCUUCAAGCAAUGGCCUUUCUUCAAACCAUGUGUUUGCUAUAGAGCUAGACACAAUUCAAAGCCCUGAAUUUGAAGAUAUGCAAGGCAGCCAUGUUGGAAUCGAUGUAAACAACUUGAGAUCCUUGAAAUCAGCUCCAGCAACAUACUUUACGGAAGGGAUAACUAAAAGCUUGGAUUUCUUGAGUGGAAGUCCAAUGCAGCUGUGGAUAGAUUAUGAUGAAGUGGAGAAGCUGCUCAAUUUAACACUAGCUCCUGUAGGAAGCAAUAAGCCUACCCAACCUCUUUUAUCAACAAGCAUUGAUCUUUCUACUGUUCUUUUGGAUUCCAUGUAUGUUGGUUUCUCUUCAUCAACUGGUGAAUUGGCUAGUGAUCACUAUAUUCUCGGCUGGAGCUUCAGUAAGAUUGGGAAAGCACAAAGCCUCGACUACUCAAAGCUUCCUUCACUUCCUCCACGGAGAAAACCAAAGUCAAAAGAAGAUUUGAUAAUUAUUCUUCCUUCAGUAGCAGUGAUUGCCAUGCUUGUAGCAAUCUCUGGUGGUGCGUAUGUUAUACGAAGGAAAAAAUAUGAAGAAAUACGUGAAGAUUGGGAAAAAGAAUAUGGUCCUCAAAGAUUUUCUUAUAAGGAUCUCUAUAAAGCAACAAAAGGUUUUAAAGAAAAAGAGCUACUUGGUAGUGGGGGUUUUGGAAGUGUUUACAGAGGAGUAUUACCUUCUUCAAAUGAGCACAUAGCGGUCAAGAAGAUCUCCCAUAAUUCAAAACAAGGGAUGAAGCAGUUUGUUAGUGAAAUUGUUAGCAUGGGAAGGCUAAGGCACAGGAACUUGGUGCAGCUCCUAGGCUACUGCCGGCGUAAAGGAGAACUUCUAUUGGUCUAUGACUAUAUGCCCAAUGGAAGUCUAGAAAAGUUCCUAUUUAGCAAUUCAAAGCCAAACCUUAGUUGGGUUCAGCGAUUUCGAAUUCUUAAAGACGUAGCAUCUGCACUGCUUUACCUUCAUGAAGAGUGGGAGCAACUUGUGCUUCACAGAGAUGUAAAAGCUAGCAAUAUUCUGUUAGAUGCUAACUUUAAUGGAAGGUUAGGAGACUUUGGUCUUGCCAAAUUGUAUGAGCAUGGCACAAAUCCCCAAACUACUUGUGUGGUUGGGACUCUGGGAUACAUUGCGCCGGAGCUGGCUAGAACCGGCAAGGCCACUACCAGCACUGAUGUGUUUGCCUUUGGGACUUUCAUGCUUGAAAUAGCAUGUGGAAGGAAGCCUCUAGAGCUACAACUAGAUCCUGAAGGGACGAUUUUGGCUGAUUGGGUUCUUCAAUUAUGGAAAGCAGGAGCUAUUCUUGAUGCAAGCGACCAUAGAUUGGAAGGCGAAUAUGUGGCAGAGGAAAUGGAGUUGGUUUUGAGACUAGGUCUUCUUUGUACAAACCCCAUGGCAUCAAACAGGCCUAGCAUGAGGCAGCUGGUCCAAUAUUUGGAUGGGAAUGUUACCUUGCCUGAGAUACGUUUGGAAGGUGCUAGAAUUGAAAUGAUGUCAAUUGAACAUAAUUUUAAUAAUUCUGUUUCUGCCAAUUCCUUUUCCUCGUCUAUUCUCAGCACUGGUCGUUGAAUCAGAAAUAUCUCUCAUCUUCAUGGUUCAAUAAGUACAAUACCACUCAAAUGCGAGAAAGCAAGCUGAACAUCAGCAAUGGAGAAAAGGAUGCGGAAUAAGUAUGAGAUUGAUGCGUAGAAUUUGCCGCAGGUUAUAAGCUUCUUUCCGCCAAAUAUUGUGCUGUAUAUUCUAGUUCUGGUUAAAAUAUGUGAGCUCAAUGCCAACCUAUCCAUGUACUACAUCUUACACUCUUUGGCUGAACAUAAAAAAUAAUUUGCUCCAAGUCAAGUUAAUUAUUAAAGCAAUGCAAUAGCUAA